ACAGAAAAGGAAAAAGAAACAGAAUCUCCCCGUUUCUCGAGCACUCUUAUUAAGUUCUCUCUAUCUCUCAGAGAGUUAAGCUUUACGCCUUCAACGAGAACCACACAACAAGGCAAACUAACCCAAACGCUUAUUUUUUCCUUCUUUUUACCUCCCUCCGGAGAUUUUAGCUCCGUCGUCGUAACGGACCCAAAAUUUCCGGCGACGGAAUCGAAUCUCAUCAUCUUCAGCAUAAACUAUGCUUCCUGUCUCAAAUCCAUCCAGUCCUGAACGUCUCCUCAAAAAAACCAGAACCCCAGACACCACCACCGCCAUUGAUCGUAAAAGCUCCUUCAACUCGCUUAACUCUAUCGGAAACCGCUCUACCUACAUCGCCGCUUCUCGUAGCCACUGCACAUGGCUUAUCCUCUCUCUUCUCUCUCUCCAACUCAUCCUCUUCCUCACUCUCCGAUCCAUCCCUUUCCCUCACCGUCACAUCCCUCUAAACUUCCCUUCCCCCGCCGCCGUCUCCGUCUCCGCCAUCACCACCACCACCACCGUCAUCUCUACCUCCUCCUCCGAUCCCCCUCUCUCCUCCUCCACGUCCUCAGACUCACGAUGCGAUUCAGGUCGAGUCUUCGUCUACGACAUGCCAAAGAUCUUCAACCAAGUGAUUCUACAGCAGUGCGAUAACCUCAACCCGUGGAGCUCUCGCUGCGACGCUCUCUCCAACGACGGUUUCGGCAAAGAAGCGACGUCGUUGCGCAACGUGAUCCCUGAAGAUUUGGUUCAGUCUUGGUUCUGGACUGACCAGUUUGUAACCGAAAUCAUCUUCCAUAACCGGAUUUCAAACCACCGGUGUCGGACUCUGGAUCCGGAAUCAGCUACGGCCUUUUACAUCCCGUUCUACGCUGGACUCGCGGUCGGUCAAUAUCUUUGGUCAAACUACGCAGCGGCUGAUCGUGACCGUCAUUGUAAGAUGAUGACACAGUGGGUUAAAGAUCAACCUUAUUGGAAUAGAUCCAACGGUUGGGAUCAUUUCAUUACCAUGGGACGCAUCACAUGGGAUUUUCGCAGGUCUAAAGACGAAGAUUGGGGAUCUAACUGUAUCUACACCCCCGGGAUGCGUAACAUCACGCGCCUCCUCAUUGAGCGUAACUCUUGGGAUCACUUCGACGUCGGUGUGCCGUACCCUACCGGAUUCCACCCUAGAUCGGACUCCGACGUCGUGAGAUGGCAGGAUUUUGUACGAAACCGCCGUCGUGAGACGUUGUUCUGUUUCGCCGGAGCUCCACGCGCCGGGAUUCAGAACGAUUUCAGGGGAUUGCUUCUUCGUCACUGCGAGGAAUCGCGCGGGGCUUGCCGGACGGUGGAUUGUACCGUCGGGAAAUGCUCGAACGGCUCGUCGGCGAUCUUGGAGACGUUUCUCGGGUCAGAUUUUUGUCUCCAGCCUCGAGGCGACAGCUUCACGCGCCGGUCGAUAUUUGACUGUAUGUUAGCCGGUUCGAUUCCGGUUUUCUUUUGGAGACGGACCGCGUACAUGCAGUACCAGUGGUUUUUACCGGAUAAACCGGAUAGUUAUUCGGUUUUUAUAGACCGGAACGAGGUUAAAAACGGUACGACGUCUAUAAAGGAAGUGUUGGAACGGUACAGUAAAGAGGAUGUGAGGAAGAUGAGAGAAAGAGUGAUCGAUUUGAUACCGAACUUGGUGUACGCGAAGUCUCCGAAUGGUUUAGAGAGUUUCAAAGAUGCUUUUGAUGUUGCUAUAGAUGGAGUUUUUAGAAGAUUCAAGGAGCAAGAGAAUUGGUACAAAUGGUGAUUGAAGAUGAAGAUGAACAUGGUUAUUUAUUUAUUAUUAAUAAGGAUUCUUCAAAUUUUAGUAGCUUCAGUAAAAGUUAUGAUUACACUGUAAAUUUAAGAUUUUUGUUUGAGAAGAUGAAAUAAGUUGGUUAGUUGAACUUUUUGUUUAUUACAAAAACACUUGAUGGAGUAGUCAAGGAAGUGGUUCUAUGUGUUUGUAGAGUUCUCUUUUUUAUAUAUUCUCUUUUGGAGA